AAUGCGUCUGUGUUUAUUGGGCUCCCCCAGCAACAAGCCCCAGCCACUAUCCCAGCCAAUCAGCCUAAACUAGGCGAUUGUCCGCGUCCUACUGGAUCGUGGUGGCCAGGAGACAUUGAGGGUUUGAAGUCUACCUGCCCAUGGGUAUACGGCAAGAUUGAUCUAGGCGACAUGUUUUAUCCGAGGUACGUU